GCUUCUUUUCCUGCAGCAGGUAUAUGCAGCAGGCUGGCUCUUUGUUACCCACUGCACUUAUCUCUCCCUAGAUGCUUCGAAGAUUUCCAUUAUCACUUUCAUCACGUAUUGAGAUUUCAGCUCAGCAAGAGGAAUCCUAUUGAAAACUGAUAAAGAGUCUCGAAAAACGGACCACGAGACUGCUGCACCUCAAUGCAAACUGAUUAAACUCUUUACUUCUAAUCAUAGUUUGAAGACAAAGCUGAUGCAGUUUUUAGUAACAUAGCAGAAAAACAUUCCAUAUGAGGUGAUUUCUGAAGGCGUCUGAUUCUCCUCUUCUCUCCAGGUGGUGACCUUGUCCAUAAAGAAAUGUCUGAGAAAACUGUCCACAACCUAUCCCCUGCUUUUGAUAGCAUACCUUACAGAAUGCAGAAUCGAACAGGAUCUACAAACUCUUUGUUGGACGAUGGUGAUUAUUUCCUGAACUCUGGGGAUCUUACAGGGAUUCCUGUCGUCGGGAGUGACAAUGAAGAUGAGCAAACCUUUGCUUCAAAGGAUGGUCUCCCUUCUGCCAUACGCCCCGAGGAUACCCGGGGAGAUGUGCGGAGGGUCCGGGAUCAUGUAACGGACAAUGAGAAAGACACACAGAUGCAAAACAUGAUCCAAAAAGACCUCUCUCCACCUUUUGACAAAGGACCCUCUGUAUUUAAGUCCAUUCGGAAAGAUUUUAGCAUAGCAAGAGAUGAUGGUAAAGAGACAUUUUUGACAAAGGAGAAAGCCAGAGAUGGACCUUUUCAGGAGCGUGACAAACGAUUGGAAAAAAUGCCGAAGGAGUUGGAUUCCAGAUUGAAAAGCAGCUUCCUCGAUAAAUCAGUUACUAAUCAAGUAGAAGAUACAUUGCGGACACAGUUAGCACCACAAACUCCAGAAACUAACUUCAGGGAGUCUAGCUACCUGUUUGCUAAUAAGGAAUCGGUUGCUCAAGAGCUAGGGAAUUCAUACACACCAAAUAUUAGAAUUAAGGAAGAGCCUUUGGACAAUGACUAUGAUAAAGCUAUGGCACCUCAGCAGGGGCUAAUGAACAAAAUUAAAGAUGAACCAGAUAAUACUGAGGAAUAUGGCCAGCAGCCAAAAACUCAGGAAGGCGAACUGAAGAUCAGUGCUGUGUUUUCAGUCAGUGGCAGCCCUCUUGCUCCUCAGCUGACAUCAAGUUUCCCGCCAAACACACCCUCCUCUGGCAUGAACAAACUGCUUCCUUCAGUCCCAAGUGCGGCUGUUCGGGUUUCCUGUUCAGGCUGUAAGAAGAUCCUGCAGAAGGGACAAACAGCCUAUCAGAGGAAAGGCUCCACUCAGCUCUUCUGUUCCACACUGUGCCUCACGGGAUAUACUGUACCAGCUACCCGGCCACCAGCUUCUACCAAGAAAACCUGUUCGAGCUGCUCAAAGGACAUUCUGAAUCCAAAGGAUGUAAUUACCGCUCAGUUUGACAAUACAAACUCCAGCAAGGAUUUCUGCAGCCAGUCAUGUCUUUCCAUGUAUGAGCUGAAAAGGAAGCCCGUUGUCACCAUCCAUACAAACAGUAUUUCCACCAAGUGCAGCAUGUGCCAGAAGAAUGCAGUGAUUCGGCAUGAAGUGAAUUACCAGAACGUCGUGCACAAGCUCUGCAGUGAUGCCUGCUUCUCCAAGUUCCGCUCAGCAAACAAUUUGACCAUGAACUGCUGUGAAAACUGCGGCGGUUACUGCUACAGUGCUUCAGGCCAGUGCCACAUGCUUCAGAUAGAAGGGCAGUCCAAAAAGUUCUGCAGCUCAGCGUGCGUCACUGCAUACAAACAGAAGUCAGCAAAAAUCACUCCCUGCGCAAUGUGUAAAAAUCUGAGGUCUUCAGCUGAGAUGAUUGAAAACACAAAUACUGUAGGGAAAACAGAGCUCUUUUGUUCUGUGAACUGCUUAUCAGCACACAGAGUGAAAAUGGUCACAUCUUCAGGUGCCCAGGUCCAGUGUAACAGCUGUAAGACCUCAGCGAUCCCUCAGUAUCACCUAGCUAUGUCUGAUGGGAGCAUACGCAAUUUUUGCAGCUAUAGCUGCGUGGUAGCUUUCCAGAACUUGUUCAACAAGCCCGCAGGAAUGAACUCCUCGGUGGUACCCUUGUCGCAGGGCCAAGUCAUUGUCAGCAUCCCUUCGGUAGCAACGGUUUCGGCAGCGGGCAGCACUACCUCAACGGUCUCCCCGAGCUCUGUCAGCAGUUCGGCCGCGGCCGGCCUCCAGAGGCUUGCCGCUCAGUCCCAGCAAGUCACCUUCGCCCGCACUGUCGUCAAACUCAAGUGUCAGCACUGCAACCGCCUGUUUGCAACCAAGCCUGAACUGCUUGAUUACCGGGGCAAAAUGUUCCAGUUCUGCGGCAAGACCUGCUGUGAUGAUUACAAGAAGAUAAACUGUGUGAUGUCCAUGUGUGAAUAUUGCAAGAUUGAGAAGAUUAUUAAAGAGACGGUGCGGUUCUCGGGCAUCGACAAGUCAUUCUGUAGCGAGGGCUGCAAGCUACUGUACAAGCACGACCUAGCCAAACGUUGGGGGAACCACUGUAAGAUGUGUAGCUACUGUUUGCAGACGUCUCCCAAGCUUGUUCAGAAUCAUUUUGGGGGCAAGGUGGAAGAGUUCUGUUCGGAGGACUGCAUGUCGAAGUUCACAGUUCUGUUUUAUCAGAUGUCCAAAUGUGAUGGGUGCAAAAGGCAGGGCAAACUCAGCGAGUCUCUGAAAUGGCGAGGGGAAAUCAAGCAUUUUUGCAACUUGCUUUGCAUUUUGAUGUUUUGCAACCAACAAUGCGCAUCGGAUCCGCCGCCGCCUCCACCCCCGCCCCCGCCGCCCCCACCACCAAUUCAGAACAAUACAGCAAAUCUUUCCAUGACACCAACGCCCUUGGCAGGGGCCCCUCCAUCUCUCAGGAAGGAUUCCACCCCAGUCAUUGCAAACGUGGUUUCCCUCGCCAGUGCUCCCGCCGCUCAGCCCACGGCCAACUCCAACAACGUUUUGCAAGGUGCAGUUCCUACUGUAACAGCAAAAAUCAUUGGAGAUGCAAGUACUCAGACGGAUGCUUUGAAGCUGCCUCCCUCUCAACCUCCCCGGCUUCUCAAGAACAAAGCCUUGCUGUGCAAGCCCAUAACGCAGACCAAGGCCACCUCUUGCAAGCCGCAUACGCAGCAUAAGGAAUGCCAAACAGAAGAAGAAGAAGACGUUCCACCCAAAAUCAUCAUGGUGCCUGUUCCUGUACCAGUGUUUGUGCCAGUCCCUCUUCAUCUCUUCACCCAGUACACACCAGUUCCAUUGGGAAUGCCUGUACCUGUCCCAGUUCCGAUGUUCAUCCCACCUGCUCCGGAGAAUGCUGUUAAGGCAAUAGAAACCAUUCCAGAUGUCAAGGAGAAGAAUUCUGCUACUCCCUUUGAGGCAGAUCUCCUCCAGAUGGCAGAAAUGAUCGCUGAGGAUGAAAAGGACAAGGAACACUCUCAAGGAGGCUCCCAAACAUCUGAGCACGAGCUGUUCCUGGACCCUAAGAUAUUUGAGAAAGAUCAAGGCAGCACGUACAGCGGUGACUUGGAGUCUGAAGCAGUGUCAACCCCUCACAGCUGGGAGGAUGAACUGAACCACUAUGCCUUACGCUCAAAUACUGUGCCCGAGCCUGAGCCCGAACUGAGGCAGUUUUCCAAAGGGGAGCUGGAGCAGGACCUGGAGGCCGACUUCCCCUCAGACUCCUUUGACCCGGUCAGCAAAGGCCUAGGUCUUCACUCACGUACACGAGCGAGGCGAAGACACAGAGACGGUUUUCCACAGCCGAAAAGAAGGGGGAGGAAGAAGUCCAUAGUCUCAGUGGAACCCCGGAUGCUUGUGCAGAGUUCCUACCCAGGCUGUUCUGUUUCCGGGAUGAGUCUCAAGUACAUGUACGGGGUGAAUGCUUGGAAGAACUGGGUCCAAUGGAAAAAUGCACAGGAAGACCAAGGAGACCUGAAAUUCGGAGUUCGGCCUGUGAAGCUCAAAGAGGACAUCCUCUCUUGUUCUUUUUCGGAGUUGAGUUUCGGCUUGUGCCAGUUUAUCCAGGAGGUGCGGCGACCAAACGGUGAAAAGUAUGACCCCGACAGCAUCUUAUACCUGUGCCUUGGAAUUCAGCAGUACCUAUUUGAGAAUGGUAGAAUAGAUAACAUUUUUACGGAGCCCUACUCCAGGUUUAUGAUUGAACUUACGAAACUGUUGAAAAUCUGGGAGCCUACAAUACUUCCAAGUGGUUACAUGUUCUCAAGAAUCGAAGAGGAGCACUUAUGGGAGUGUAAGCAGCUGGGCGCCUACUCCCCGAUCGUCCUCCUGAACACGCUGCUUUUCUUCAACACCAAAUACUUCCAGCUCAAGAAUGUCAGUGAGCACAUGAAGCUGUCCUUCGCCCACGUCAUGCGACGCACCAGGACUCUGAAGUACAACACCAAGUUGACUUAUUUACGCUUCUUUCCUCCUUUCCCAAAACAGGAGGUAGAAUCAGAUAAAUUAGUAGGCAAAAGAAAACGCCACGAAGGCGAAGAUGUCCCGACAGCGGUGGAGAUGGUUGAGAACACUGACAACCCCUUGAGAUGUCCAGUCCGGCUGUAUGAAUUCUACUUGUCAAAGUGCUCUGAAAGUGUGAAGCAGAGGAGCGACGUCUUUUACCUCCAGCCGGAGCGUUCGUGCGUCCCCAAUAGCCCUAUGUGGUAUUCCACUAUGCCAAUAGACCCCGGGACUUUGGACAUCAUGUUAACGCGUAUCCUGAUGGUAAGGGAGGUGCACGAAGAACUUGCCAAAGUCAAACCCGAAGACUCUGAUCCUGAGCUUUCAGACUAAAGUUGGGCAAAGGGGGCUGUUACCUUGGUUUUUUUCAUUUUUGUUUUUGUUUGUUCGUUUGUUUGUUUCCUUCCCUUUCCAAUACACCUUGCAAAAGCACCAAACUGUGAAUGCAUCCUCCUCCUCCUCCUCCUCCUCUGGAAAAUAUUCUCUUUUGUGUCACACAAACCCUCAGAAGGCACAGCGUGAGCUGCAACAGAUUGCAAAACGAGAACUGAAGGACGUAAAAUGACAGAAGCGGCAGGAAAGUGGAGGGCUGCAGUUGGACCUGCAAACAGUCUCUCCAAAUGAACUUGAGACCUGUCCACGUCCCCCUGUCCCACCGUGGUGCUUGUAGUGGGAUAAAGACCAAUUAUGGAUUGCUCUUUUUCUUCUUGAAAGGAAACCUGUUGCGUAUAUUGUUCCCUCGUAACCAUGGAAGCCAAGAAAGCUAGAUUAAACCCCUGGGUGCUUUUGCAAUGUAGCUGCUGCCCACAGAUACGUGGGGUUUCCUAACACUUGCCAUAAGAUACGAAGCAGAACGUAGUAAGGUGGAAACAAGUGGAAACACCAUCUGUAACAUACACACCAGUUCCCCUUCCUUCCCCUUUCCCCCCUUUUUGUAUUUUUUUUUUAAAAAAGCUCAGAUCGGACGUUCAAUAUGUCUGAUUCUGCCAGACGCUGGGGGUAAAGGACUCUGCCGUCGGAUGGAAAACUUGGUGGGGUGCUGUGAAAAGUCCCCUCCUUGGAAGCACGGGCUCUGCUGCAUCCCUCAGUGGGUAGCGGAGUGAUCCAAGACUCCUUGCAAAUGGCUUUAUGUUGGGACAAGAAAUUCCAGAGCGUUCGCAAACACACACACACACACACACACACACACACGCCCCCAACUCAGACAAACAGGGUUUGGCGCAGAAUCGCCCCGUUCUUCUCCCCCCUGCCCCGACCACUAGACUGCUAUCAAAUGCCAAGAUGCUCAGAAACCGUUCUGGAGGAUUUCUACCUUCCUUCUCCGCCACCCCCUCCCUCCCUCCCUCCUGUUUUGUUUUGUUCCUUAAACCUGGCUCCGUGGCAGCUUCUCCGCUGCAAAUCUGGGUUUUUAUAUGUUCUUGGAGGGAUGGGCCUUUGGGCGCCUUUCAAACUGAUUUUGUUUUUCAUUUCCCCACCCUCGUUUAAAAAAACAAAAAACCCUAACUGCAUCAUCAUCCUUGGGUAGGGUUAUUUUGUUUGCCUCUUCACUUCGCCACUUCUGUUCAAUUAGUCAUGUAAAAAUAAGGUCCAAAUUUGAAAGGGAGGAUCAGGAGGCUUGCCUGUAUCUCCCCUCGGCGCCCCCUGCCAAGAACUGACCCUUCUUCUACGUGAUCCAAAAUGCAGGGUGCUUAUCCCUAACUAGUUCAACUCCAUUUCACCGUGCCCCUCAAAUGUAAGACUUUUUCUCAGUCUUGCAGCUCGCUUUGAAAAUCCACACUAUUUUUUAAAAGCAGAAAAAUUGUACCUUCUUAUUGGCUGUUUUGUCCAGUUGCCAGAUUUCUAAAGCGGACUUCUGGCUUCUUUUCUUUUUUAAACACCUCUGGUUGAGCUCUUCAGUGCUGAACAAAACCUCCGUGUGUGUGUGUGUGUGUGUGUGCGUGUGCGUUUGUGGUAUUCUUUUUAACAGUAAGGAAGGUAACAAUAAAAUCAGAAAGUAGUCUUUUCUCAUUGUUGCCGUUGUGUACUUGAUUGUCCAUCCCCUGCCUGUAAUGAAGUUCACUGGUGUAUUUUUGAAAUACAGAAAAUUGUGUGAAUUAAGUUUUGUUUUAAAGCGCCUACGCCCCACUUCCAACUUCUGUACAAUCUAAUUUCCUCUCUCUUCCCCACACCCAAGUUUGUCAUUGCUGAACAGAGAUCCCACAUUUCAUUUUAUAUCCUGAGCUAAAAAUUAGAAAGCAGAGGGGAAGAAAAGUUGUUACUGGACUAUGACCUUUCCAGUAAACUUCCCAGUUUGAAGUACAUGAUUUUUAUAGGUGUUUUAAAAUGCUAAUUUCCCCCCAACUCUCCCCCCCCCCCCGUAGCUGUAUGAAUAAGUAGUUGAAUAGCAGAACACUGUUAUGGGUUUUGACAGCAAAUACGUUUUUCUGGAACUUAAAAAAAAAUAAACUCCCUCACAUUUUUUUUAAAAAUAGUGAGCUUUUUUGUUUCUUAACAGACACAAUCCAUUUACUGUGUGGCUCUGUAAAGAAGAAGAAAAAAUUAAGUGGUGUCUUGGUUGCAUGUAAGUCUGCCCAGCGUCCUCCUACUAAUCUGUAACUGAGAAGCCCACAGUAGGUGGGAACUCCUCCGAAGUGCAGCUAUUUAUGUCUGUCAGAAACUGUUUUGUUUUCCCCCUUAGAAAUUGUGUGAGUUUUAUUUUGUUUCCUUCAGGGAAUAAGAAGCAGCAAGGGAAAUAUCUAAACCAUCUUGUUUGUUUUCUUAAGAAAAACACACACAUUUCCCCAGGUUUUUCCCUUGGUAGAAGUUAACCGAAAAAUUCCCUUAGAAUAAAAACAGUAUAUUUGUAUAUGA